GUGAGUCGACUUGAUUCACCAUAUAGGGAAAGUAACAUUCUAUCUGAUCUUAUCACGCUGGCAUCCCUGCGACCGUAACUGCGAACAACCGCGGCGGGUGUGGUUGAAAGUGUGUCCGAGUACCCCAGGAUUCCUGGGUCAGCAGCGUGCUUCUGCGUGAUAUAGACCGAUGUGUCAGGGUGCUGUCGGCCGCAACGGCCCAAGGUGCUCGAAAUGAGGUUGGUGACCGAUGUCGGUCGUCAGGUGCCUGGUCCGGGUUCCGGCAGAGCGACCGGUCCCUUCAACUGUACCUGAUAGAGGACACGGACGCGCCGACUUGCGAAGAGUGCAGCAAGAAACAGGUAGAACCUACCUGAUAUUAUCGCCCAACGGUGUCCCGAAGCGCCCACCGCCGUAAAGCAUGCGUGGAUAUUGUUCUCGGGAACUGGUUAGCUAUAGGUUUUCCACUGGAAUAGGAGCAGGCAACGUGCACGGAGAGCGGGGCAACCGGGAGCAAAUUGGGCGGCGGAUUGUUAUGUGCGCGGUGUCCACGGACUACUGGCGUUUAGAUUGGCAGCACGUAUCUGCCGCCUCGUAAGGGAAUAAUAAACCUUGAACAAGUAGUAAGCAAGACGUAUAAUAGCGUAUAGCCAA